UGUCCACUUCAAUUUACUAGCAAGUUUUUCAAUAUUUAUCAUAGGGUUUUAACUUUUGUUUCUAAUUUUGGAUCACAAUCUAACUUUUGUACUUCUCCACUCCUACCUCAGUCAGAAUGGGUAUUUUAGGUCGCAUUUCUGUGAUAUUCAUAGCCGUACUGGCCUGGUAUAUUGCGGUGAGGCUAAAUUCAACCCCACCGCUGCCCUACAUCGACCCAGACCCUUGGUGGGGUCUUGGCGAACCAAAGAAGAGUGACUCUAAGAUUAGACCCUUCAAAAUUGACAUUCCCGCUAAGGACGUGCAAGACCUGCAGGCCAGACUUGCACAAGCACCCCGCUUAGCGCCGUCGCUGGAAGGCGUCAACUUUACCUACGGGAUGGACUCGACAACCAUGGCCGUCAUCCUCAAGUACUGGAGGGACUCCUACGACUGGAAGAAGCGCGAGACAAAACUCAACGCCUACCCGCAUUUCAAGACGCGCAUCGAGGGCCUGGACAUUCACUUCAUGCGCGCGUCGCCCCCCGCCGGCAGCGGCAAGACGGUGCGACCGCUGCUGCUGCUGCACGGAUGGCCGGGCUCCUUCGUAGAGUUUAUGGGCAUCCUGCCCUUGUUGACGACACCUCGGGCAGACAGCGAGGUCGUCUUCGAUGUCAUCUGUCCCUCCCUGCCUGGCUAUGGUUUCUCUGAAGCUGCUGCCAAACCGGGUAUGAACACACUUGCAAUGGCUCAAAUUAUGACGAAGUUGAUGAAGAGAAUUGGAUUCGAGAAGUUCUACGUUCAAGGAGGGGAUUGGGGCUCUGGCAUCGCACACGACAUUGCCACGGCAUUCCCUGACACUUUGUACGGGAUUCACGUUAAUAUGGUGAUGGCCAUGACCCUGGGCGCACAAGCUAAACUGAUGCUUGGUGCAUUCCUGCCUUCCGGAACCGUCAUGGAUCCCAAACUAGAAGAGAAGUGGUACCCGCUGCUUACUUUUUACGGCAUUACUCUCAGAGAAAUGGGGUAUGCGCAUCUUCAUGCAACCAAGCCGGACACAGUCGGAGUGGCUCUGAAUUCAUCUCCCCAAGGCUUGGCUGCGUACAUCCUUGAGAAGUUCAGUACGUGGACCGACAUGAAGUAUCUGAACCAGAAGAACGGAGGCCUCCUGGACCCCGACUUCCCUAUAUCUCUGGAUGCGAUGCUGGAUAACAUUUGCGUUUAUUGGUUUACGGGAUCCAUCACCAGCAGCAUGAGGCUCUACUCCGAAUUCUUCGGUGCCUCCUCACCCGCGAUCACCAUGUUCAACAUCCCUACCACUGUGCCUGCUGGGCUUGCCGGAUUCGGCAACGACUUGGCGGUCAUACCUGAAAAUCUUGCCGCACACAAAUUCCACAAUAUCAUCACGUAUACGAACCCGGAAAUUGGGGGACAUUUUGCGGCCAUGGAGGUUCCCAAGAUCUUGGCCGACGAUAUUUUCAUUUAUGUGAACAUCGUUGAGCGCCAAAUGAAGGAAGAGCAGCUGCAGAAGACAAAGAAGUCUUAAGCUUCUGACUUGAUGCCCUCACUUUUCCUUGCUCUUAGGGAAGUUGCUACUUUUCUGGACCUAACCCAAUUGCCCUGGUACCUCAUAGUAGCAUAAAAUAACGUUAGUAGACGAACGAAAGGUAGUGUGAGAAAACAAAAUUAUUUGCUUGUGACCUAAAUUUUGUCUUCUGCUGUUAGAAUUUCCACAAUUUGAUAACCAUGAUAGUUGACAAAGGCAAAAUGGUCAGACUUUUUGAAUGUUUCUGCGAAGGAAUUGAAGAACUAGGGUAAGAUUGAUUUACCAAACCUCAAUGCCAAAAAUAACGAGUGUUGGAAAUUUUCACAUGUAAUAAACGAUCGAUCCAGUUCAAGACUUUGGCAGCAUUUAGUUCUCCGAUUGUUUUUUGUUAUUCAUUGUUUACACUCAUUAGCGCAACUUUCGUGCCAUCUGUUGAAGUCAAUCCUAAUUUUCAUGGUAUUCACAAAAGAUUAUUGUUCGUUGAGUACAAACAAGAUUAAAAUGCAAUGAAAAAUCGCGGAAAAACAUUAGCUGUUGCGUACAAGUAUUUGAUAUAGAAUUUUAAUAAUGUCUAAUGAUUGUCUUUGUAAAAGUGGAAUGUUAACUCACUCCAUCAGUUUUUUUCUGGCAUCUGUGUCGUUUGUACAAUUUUGGUAGCUUCACGGAAUGUGUUGUAGAUUGGUAAAUGAUAAUUAUCGUUCCUCUAAUUAUAAUAAAUGAAUAAAUUUACUCUGUGCAAGAGCAGUUGGAUCAUCAAA